AUGGAUACAAAUCGUGGAUAUCCGUUCCCGGGGGAACUCGAGCGAAGACAUUCUGAUACCUGUAUUCCACACCAACCCAUGAACAUGUCGAUCACUCCUAAACAGCCCCUCAACCCAGAGUUCCCUCAUCCACACUUUGCUAUGAUCUAUAUCGACCACAAUGGGGAAUAUCAGCUACAGACCUCUGCCUCAAUGGCCGGAUGUGGAGGAGCCAUCUUCACACCGGAUGUCACAGACCGAUUUCUUGAAAUGACCUGUCCAGGGACGCAGGCCAGCCCAAGUUUCAGUACAGACCAAACCAACCAAGCAUCCUUCUCAGCCUGGGACGUGCAGUCGUCUCCCAACUGGGUUCAAUCCGGCCAGACGAGACCAAUGGAGAAGAUCCCGUUUGAGUGGCAAACGCCAAACAGCCGAAACAAAAAGCGUAGACCAAACCCGGCUGGCAUUGUCAAGUCUCGGUCCAAGUCUCUUUCUCCGCCGCCAACGGCGACACCCCCGCCUACACGGACUGUUCUUCGAGUGGGGAAUCGCGCUCUGCUACGACGGUACUAUGAAAAGGCAUUUGAGGAUUUUCAGCAACUCAACUGUCGUGCUAUCGCAAAGUCUUACAUCAAACUUGUUGAACCAAGGAAGCAGGUUCAUUUCCCGUACAAUGGACGCAGGGUUAUCGCCGGUGUCUCGCAGCGUGUUGACCCAGAGUAUACGAAGCCGGGGUGGUGGCCAGCUGGUGUUUUGCACAAGGAGCCUGAUCAUCUACUUAAGAAUGACCGCCUGCGACUCCUUGUCCACAUCCUCUGUGAGUUGAAGGACAGCCAUGGGGUCACCGCUGAAAAACUGCGCGACGCUGGUCAGGAUGUCCGACGCCAGAUCACACCCGCCAACAAACUUCAAGUUCUCGAUGAGAUCUACUUUGUUCGACAAAUGGAAGAACGGUUCUUGGACGGAGAAAUCGAUGCCAGUACUCUGAUCCAGAUCACCCACACACACCUCCCCGAAGCAAUCUACCACGACGUCGAUGAGGUCUCACCGCGCACCCAAGCCGCAUCAGCAUCAGCAUCGGCAAUCAAACAAGACCACGAUAUAAACGAUGCACACAAUGACAGUAUCCCCUCGUUGGACGAAGACGAGUCCAAGCUCCAGCCUCACUCGCAUAUCUUGCCCUUGUCACCCACAACCAGUGAGUCAAGUGGCCCACACAGCCCGAGAUCUGGCGGCUUUAGCUCGUACCCAUUGGUUGCGCCCCCUCCAACGGUGCAUGUCAUUCCACCAGAGUCUCCAACUGUCCCUAAGCCAAUGCAUGACCCGUCCUACAUGUCUGGCUACUACGCGCAGCCUUUCAUGUCUGACAAGGGCCAGGGAUUCUGGCCACAUGCCAGUCCUGUGUCGCAGUAUGGAUAUUGA